CAGAUCCGCCCCCUCUCACCAGCGCCCGUGUUCGACGUCACACCACGGCCGUCUAAUGGCAUGCCUCAAUGUUGGCGCGCGCACGAUUCUCGCUCAGUGUCGCGCGUUCCUAAUGGCCAAGUGGCGCCGCGCUAGGGGGCGGAGCCGAACGAGGUGCCGGUCCGUCGAAGGCGUAGCUACGGUGAAGGGGCGGGGCUCUCGGGGUGCAGGGAGGGGGGGGAGGGGGUAAGGGGCGGGGCUCGCGUGAAGAUGGCGGGGAGUGACGCUCCCUUGCUGAGGCUUCCCCCGGAGCUGCUGGUUCACGUCGUGGGGCUGCUGCCCGGCCGCUGCCUCCCCGCCGUGGCGGCUUCGUGCCGCGCGCUGCGCCGCGUUGCCUUAACCGACUCCGUGUGGCGCCGCCGCUGCGAGGAAGAGUAUGGCGUGCAAGAGGACCUGCACGCCAUGGAGGCGACGGGGAUGGCGUUCCGCGACCUCUACAUCAAACGUGUAAACCCCAGAGUCAAGUCAGGGAAGUACAUGAAACUGCUCCCAGAGUACGAAAACAUGGUCUACAGGGAUAUCUAUGUGCAUUUGCUGCACCCCUACCGACACAUCCUGGGGCUCUGGCAGCCGCUCAUCGGCCCCUACGGUGGCCUCCUCAACGUGGUGGUGGAUGGGCUGUUCAUCUUUGGCUGGAUGUACCUGCCGCCGCACGACCCGUGCGUGCGCGACCCCAUGCGGCGCAAGCCCUUGUUUCGCGUGCACCUCUGGGAGCGGCACCGCGCGGAGGUGGAGUGCAUGUACGGCCACAGCGGCCCCCACCGCGGGUACAUCCGGGUUCACAAAAAGGAUGAAUUUUCCACCAAGUGCAUCCAGACCGACUUUCCACGAAUGUCAGGCGGCCGGCAAGAGGAGUUCCGCACGUGGCUGCAGGACGAGUGGGGGAAGACGCUGGAGGAGAUCUUCAUCGAGCACACGCAGGAGCUCAUCCUCAUGAAGUUCAUCUACACCAGCCAGUACGACAACUGUCUCACGUACAAGCGAAUCUUCCUACCUCCGGAGCGGCCCGACGCGCCCGCUGCCGCCCGGCCUCUUCAAGGGCCCUACGGGAGCCACGGCCUGGGAGAUCGUCAUGCUGAGUGUGUGCGGGCGGCGCCGCGCGCUGUUACCAAGAUCACGGGCGACCCCAACGUGCCGGCCGGCCAGCUCACGCUUGAUGUCGACCUGUCCCUCCCGCUGGCGCCGAGCAGCCUUGAGCAGCAGUCCAACAUCGAGGAGCUGUCUCGCAUCGUCAACUCCAUCUGGAGAGGGAGCGCGAGAGGGAGGGCAACGGCCGGUGAGCGCAGACCGGCGGCGGGCAGAGGAGAGGCAGAGCCCGAGGGAGCAGGAGGAGGAGACUUGCCUGAAGAGGAGGAGGAGGAGGAGGGUGGUGGUGAUGCGCCGGAGGUUGCGGAGGGCGGUGGAGAUGCUCGGCCGAGUUGCGAUGGGAACGUCCCCGCUGGCCGGGGUUCCCGGCCACAACCGUGCCCGGCGUCACCGUGGCAGCGGCGGCGGCGGCAGGAGGAGGGGGAGCGGCCACAGGACCCCGUGGCGCAGAGUGAGCCGUCGCGGCAAGCAGGACCCUCAGAGGAGGGGAGACAUGAGGGGCUCGCUCCAGACGCCCCCCCUCGGCGAGACGGUCUCACCGGCGCUGCCUGCGGGGGUCGAGGACCAGCUCGACGACUACGAGGCGGGCGCGGUGGGUGGGGUGGGCGUCGGAACCGCCCGCGGGGAGACGGAGCCCCCCCGCGGAAUCGACUCUGGGGAUCGGCGGGACUGGGCACGUGGCGGGACCCUGCGAUUGGACGAGGAUCGGAGUGGGCACCGGAUAGGGCGCCCGUGGUGGAGGAGGAGGGGACCGAGAGGGUAGCGGCGGGGAGGGCACAGUGGGAGGCCGAUGGGUUCGGUUGCGGGGGUAGAGAAGCAGUAGGAGGGAGGAGUCGGGAGUGGAGAGGCUCACCUGGAGGAGUUCCACCUGCCAAUGGGAUCAUUCCGCGGCAGACCGACUACCCACGCACCGCCGGCCAGGUGAGCGUGCCGCCGUGCCGCCACGGCGCGCGCUCCGCGCCCGCCGCGCCCGGCCGCGCAGUUUGCCGCUCGUGUUUCGCUCUGCGACAUCGGCCUUCGCGAUCGAAUUUGCGCCUCGCCCGCGCGCCUCGUCCGCGCGCUUCGAGAACGAACGACAGGCCGUCGCCGCUGACGACUGUGACGCCCGCGCCAUUCUCCCGCAGGUUCUACGGGACGGGGCUGGUCGCGGGGCACGGCUAGAGCCCGCAGCGCACGCCCGGGAUCUUCGUGGCAUUCGACGACGACACCUUUGGUUUCCUGUGGGUGGAGCUCAACUCGUUCAGCCUGUACAGCCGUGUGCUACGAGCGGCUGAUGAACGCGCGUGCCACCCUCCGCCACCGCCUUCGAGCCAUGCUUGAGGAGCUCAGGACAGCGACGGCAUGAUGGGCAGAGGGUGGAGGAGGAGAGGGUCGCGCGCGGACAUGGAGGAGAUGGAGCAGGCCUCCUGCACGCCCCCCCCCCCCCCCCCCCCUCACCCCCCUUCAUCCGUGCUUCUCGCCGGAACGAGCCCCGAGCCGUUAAAUGUCAGGAGCAGAGGUGUAAAUGUGCCAGUGUACGACGGCACGCCACCAUACCAGCACUUUCAGAAUGUUCCUGUUCCAAUACUACGAUGUUUCAGCAGAGGGGAUGUGGCAGUGAGUAUGCGAGCACGUGUGUGUGUGUGUGUAUGGAAAAGGCGUUUAUGACGCCUUCUGGCCAAACUCCAUCUGGCAGAGCCAGACUGAACCCCCCCCCCCCCCUCUCGGGGUUUCUCCAGGAACAGGAGAACACUGCGAUUGGCCACUUGGAAUGUUCGGACUCUCGUUGCGGAGGAGAGGCUGCCACUCCUCUGUCGGAAGAUGGCUUGGUACUGCCUGGACCUCUGGAAUACAGGCGGUCCGGUGGACCGGUUCUGACUCCAGUCAUCAUGAGGGGUGGACAGUUCUCCACUCGGGGCAGGAAACUGCCAAACAACAGGGAGUGGUACUUCUUUUGAACAAAAGAAUGAAGGCGAUGUGGGAGCGUGGCGGUGAGGUGUGGGAAGCUGUAAGUCCCAGGUUACUGUGGGCUCGCUUCCCAAUCAACAAGAGGCGAGGAAUGGUGGUGGUGGUUCUUUUCGACCCACCGAAGAUGAACGUCAGUGGAGGGAUGCAGACAAGGCCGAUGAGUCCUUCUAUAACCUCCUGUUCCAGGUGCGAGCUAAAGUGGCCCCUCGAGUCCUGUUGGUGUCUGCGUCAUGACCCGAGUGGGUCAUGACACAAACACCUGGGUUGGAGUGAUCGGAACGAAUGGGCCAGAUCAGCUCAAUCAUAACGGUAGGAUGUUGCUCGACUUCUGUGCAGCCCAUGGGCUUGUAAUUAACAAAAUACUGUUCCGGCAUUGCCAUAUCCACACAACAUCAUGGAUGUAUGUUGGCUCCAAGCAAAAACAUCUGCUGGACUAUAUAAUCAGGUACCAGCGGAUGCGGGCCCAAGUCCUUGACACCAGGACCUACCGUGGAGCUGAUCUGCCCACUGACCAUCGCCUUGUCAUCUGCAAGAUGCACCUGCUAUUUGUCCACUCCGGUGGUGGGUGUCUAUCGACGACCCCAUUCAAACCCACAUUGGUCUAGUCUCGGCUAGCUGAGGAUAGUUGCAAGCAAGAAUUUCAACAUCACUUGCAGCUGAGGUUGGAAUCGCCCCCCCUCUCCUUCUGAUGCUAAGGGGAAAUGGGUGAGGUUCAGGACUGUGGUUCAUGCAACUGCAAUGGCUGCAUUGGGUAUGCAGUCCAGACCUACCCAGAGACCCUGGCCCACUCCCGUCGUCGACAACAUCCAACAUUGGAGAAUGAGGAGGCUUACCGCAACCUUCACAUGGAGAUUAGGAGAGCCUUGCGGCACUGCAAGGAUGAGUGGUGGGCACGUUGCUGAGGAGAUGGAAUUUGCCUCAGUAGCCCGCAAUCACAAAUCGCUAUUUAAUUAUAUCAAAAAAGUUACUUGCAGUGCCUCACCUAUCACCAUCCUUCAGGGAACGCACAGUGAUCUGACUUCCGACCCCCAGAAACAGGUAUGCAGGUUUGCAGAGCAUUUCUGUGAAGUCUUCGGAGAGGAGAAUUCCCUCAGCCCAGACAUCAUGGGGCAAGGUGGUGACUACCCUGCUAGGGCUGCCGUGUUUCAAAUAUUGGCAGAAGUAGCCACCCUUUCUGAGUGGUUGGCUGAGGUGGCAUCUGUGUAUGAAAUACGAGGGGCGAUCCAGAGUCUGAGACCAGGAAAAGCACCAUGCAGAGACAAUAUCCCAAGCGAAAUGCUAAGGGAGGGUGGCAUCUGUGUGCAGACUGCCCUACAUGGCAUGAUCACAACUGUCUGGACCACAGGAUGGGUUCUAUAGGAUUGGAAGGAUGCUCUGGUGGUCCCCCUCUUUAAGAGUCAGAGCCAUUCUCUCACCCUGUUCACCUUGUGGUGUGACAUGGAUGUCCUCUGGCUCCUACAUUUUUUAAUGUCUCCAUGGCUGUAUCGGAGGAAUUUCCAUAUUGCACAGAUACAGUGGGAGGCUGAUCGAUGCCCAGGUGCAGUCGAGGGAUGGCUCCCUAUUGGUCAACCAUGUUAUGCUGAUGAUUUGGUGAUUGCUGCUCACUCACA